CUCCUUUUUCUCUCUCAAAAAGUAUUUCCCCAUAUAUUGCAUCAAAUAAAUCUCUUUUUCUUUUUUAUAGUAAUUCCAGCUUGAAAUUUCGAAGCAGUUUUUAUAUUUCUUUUUUCUUUUAAGAAAGAAACUCCCUUUCAUUAAUUCUCUUCUUCCUCUUUCUGUUUUCGAUUCGGUUGGGUUUAGUUUGAUAUAUCUAGUCGUGAUUUUACUUUGUUCUUCUAUGCUGAUCGAAGCUCCACUACACAGUUCUUGAUAUCUCCAGUAAAGGUGGGACAUUUGUGUCGCAUUUGGGAGUAAACUGGCUUCAAACUAACUUGGGACCUAACCUUGAUGGCUGGUGGAAUAACCCCAUCUUCUUCAACCUCUGGGAUUUUCUUCCAAGGCGAUGAUGAAUCCCAAGGUUUCAUGAACUCUCACUUCACUUCCUCUUAUGGGAAUUCAUCUAACUCCGUCCCUGGAUGUGGACCUGGCUAUCAUAAUCUCAGUAUGGUUUCUGGGGAGAUGCACAAUCCGGCUAUGAUGAGCGUCUCAACCCCUGGUCCAAGCGCAGGAGCCAGUUCUCUUGUGACAGAUGCUAAUUCAGGGCUCUCUGGAGGCGGUCCUCAUCUGCAGCGUAGUGCCAGCAUCAAUAACGAGUCGUAUAUGCGUUUGCCGGCAUCACCAAUGUCAUUCUCCUCUAACAAUAUCACCAUUUCUGGAUCAUCUGUUGUUGACGGGUCGACUGUUGUGCAAAGGGGCUCUCAUCAUGAUCAGAGUGUUCAGCGAGGAGGCUCAAGUGCUACAUCACUGCCCACGUCUCAAACUAAUCAAAUCCCGCUUUCCAUGGGUCGUCGUGCUUCUGAAUCAUUCUUUCAGGACCCAAACAAUCUAACACAAGCACGGAAAAAACCUCGACUAGACUCAAAACAGGAUGAUGCUCUGCAGCAGCAGAUUUUACGUCAGUGGCUUCAGAGACAGGAAAUGUUGCAGCAGCAGCAACAGCAGCAACAACAACAAGGCCAGAACCCACAGUUCCAGCUCUUGCUUCAGCAACAAAAGCUUAGGCAACAGCAACAGUAUAUCCAGUCCCUCCCACCAUUGCAGCGGGUUCAGCUGCAGCAGCAGCAACAGGUGCAGCAACAGCAACAGUUGCAGCAGCAGCACCAACAGCAACAGUUGCAACAGCAAGGAAUGCAGCUCCAACUAUCUGGUGGGCAACGACCUUAUGAUAAUAGCGUCUGUGCACGAAGAUUAAUGCAGUACCUAUAUCAUCAGCGGCAAAGGCCUUCUGAGAGCAGUAUUGUUUAUUGGAGGAAAUUUGUGACGGAGUAUUUUUCUCCCCGUGCAAAGAAAAGAUGGUGUCUCUCUCAUUACGAUAAUGUUGGCCAUAACGCGCUUGGUGUUUCUCCUCACGCAGCCACGGAUGAAUGGCAGUGUGAUCUUUGUGGUUCUAAAUCGGGAAGAGGAUUUGAAGCAACUUUUGAUGUCUUGCCAAGGCUUAACGAAAUCAAAUUUGCUAGUGGUGUACUUGACGAGCUUCUUUAUCUGGGUGUGCCGUCUGAACGCCGGUUCGCUUCUGGAAUUAUGAUGUUAGAAUAUCCCAAAGCAGUGCAGGAGAGUGUGUAUGAACAUAUCCGUGUUGUUCGUGAAGGCCACCUUCGGAUUAUAUUCUCCCAAGAGCUUAAGAUUCUCUCAUGGGAGUUCUGUACUCGUCGACAUGAAGAGCUACUUCCUCGCCGCCUUGUAGCCCCACAGGUGAACCAAUUGCUUCAGGUUGCUGAGAAAUGCCAGAGCACAAUCGAUCAAAGUGGAUCAGAUGGAAUUCAUCAGCAGGAUUUGCAAGCCAAUAGCAACAUGGUCAUGGCUGCUGGACGUCAACUAGCGAAAAGCUUGGAGUCACAUUCACUCAAUGACUUGGGCUUCUCCAAACGAUAUGUUCGAUGUUUGCAGAUUUCUGAGGUUGUCAGCAGCAUGAAAGAUAUGAUUGACUUCUGUCGUGACCAGAAAGUUGGUCCGAUAGAGGCUUUGAAGAGCUAUCCAUAUCAAAUGAAGACAGGUAAAUUGCAGAUGCAAGAGAUGGAGCAAAUAGCAAAUGCUGCUCGAGGACUUCCUCCUGAUAGGAACAGUCUCAACAAGCUAAUGGCCUUGCGCAAUUCCGGGAUACACCUGCCGAUGAGCAAUAUGAGCGGUCAAGGAUCUCUUCCCGGCGGCGGCUUUGCGCUUACCAACUACCAGACCAUGCUAAUGAAACAGAAUCAUCUGAGCUCUGAGCCAACCAACGCCACAAUCCAACAAGAAGCAUCAAGAAACCCGAGCCCGACAAUGAGCUAUCAAGGAACUACUAGUCCUUUGUUGCCUGGUUUUGUGCAGAGCCCAUCAAUCAGCGGUGUCACUUCCCAUCUGUCUCCUCAGCGGCAAAUGCCAAGUCCCAGUUAUAACAGCUCGCCGCAGCAAUACCGCCAACAUCCUUCGUGUAGUAACAGUAACCAAACAUUGGAACAACAGAUGAUUCACCAAAUAUGGCAACAGAUGGCAAACAGCAAUGGAGGCUCCGGGCAACAACAACAACAACAAACGUCACUUUCUAGUCAGAACAUGAAUUGCAACGUCAACAUGGGAAGAAGCAGAACGGAUUAUGGGCUCACAGGGGAGACACCAAGCACCUCCAACAGAAUCAGAGGGAUUAAGGGUUUAGACCAGAGCCAAAACCAGGAAGGGAUGGUCUCUAACACCAGAGGCGGACUCAUCAUGCCUAAUGAUACUGGGUCAAGUGACACCUCUUACAUUUUUAAUGUUCAUGUUUAACCUUUUGUAAUAUAACAUAGCCGUAGUAUGUUUCCUUGUAUUGUACCUGAUCUUUGUUAAACUUCUAAUAGAUAAGAUUUUCCUUUAAUGAAGA